AUGUAAUAAGAGUUAGAUUAACCAAUAUUGUUUAUUGAUAUUGAUGAGGAUGGGAAAUUUCUAAUGUCUAAAAAGGCUGUUCAAUUUAUUUAAGCAAUUGAAACUAAUAUAGCAAUAAUUUCAAUUGUAGGGUAAUAUAGGACAGGAAAAUCAUAUUUACUAAAUAGAUUUGCUGGAUAGUAAACAGGGUUCACUUUAGGAUCAAGUACUAAUCCUUGUACAAAAGGAAUUUGGAUUUGGGGCAAAAGAGUUGAAUCAGAUAAUCUUACAAUUCUUCUUUUAGAUACAGAAGGAUUGAGUAAUAUUUUUAAAGUAAAUCGCAGAUUCCUAUGAAAGAGACUAAAAUAAUGAUGCUAGGUUGCUUGUUCUUGCUUGUUUGAUUAGUUCUACUUUACUUUAUAAUAUCAUGUAAGUAAUCGAUGAGAAAUCAUUAGAAACACUUUCAUUUACAACUAAUAUUAGUAAGCAUUUAUUAGGAGAUGAUGAAUUUAUUACUUAAUAUCUACCAUCAAUUACUUGGGUAAUAAGAGAUUUUGGUCUUGAUUUAUAAGGUUCUACUGCAAACACUUAUUUAGAGGAAUGUCUUGAUGAACAAUAAGGUUUUGCAGAUGAAUUUAAAUAACGUAAUUUAAUUAGAUAGGCUAUUACUAAAUAUUUUAAAAGAAGAAAUUGUUAUACUUUAGUUAGACCUGUGGCAGAUGAAAGACAAUUAAGAGAACUUGAUAAAGUACCAUAUUCUGAAUUAAGAUAUGAAUUUAAAAUUUAAUUAAAUUAACUAAUCCAAAAUACUUUAUUAGAUAUUUAACCAAAAAUGUACAAGAAUACUCCUUUAAAUGGAAAAAGAUUAAUUGAAAUAGUCACUCAAUAUGUUACUACAAUAAAUAAUGGAAGUGUUCCAAAUAUUGAGAAUGUAUGGGAUAGGAUUUUAUCAAAAGAAUUUAAUAAAAUGAUGGAAAAAGCAAAAGAAAUUAUAUCAUCUGAUAUAUCUCUUCCUACAACUUAUGAAUUAUUAUUUUCUAAUUUACAUUAGAUUAGUACAAAGGCAUAAGAAUCUAUUUUGCACUAUCACAUAGCUCCAGAUAGAUAGAUUGAAGGAAUUGUUUAAUUGAGUAAAUAAAUAACUGAGAAAUCUCAAGUAUUAUUCUAAGAGAACUAUAUAAAAUCUAAAAGAACAAACUAAGUCAUUUCAAAGUAUUUUAUUUAUUAAAAUUUAGUAAAAUGUAUGAUAUUUUAAAUUAACUUUCUGAAUAAGGAAAAUUAGUUAAUGUACAACAUAUCAUUGCUUAAGUUAACAAUAUAAAAAAAGUAUUGAAAUAUUAUGAUGAAUUUAGAUUUACUUUUAGGAAGCGAAACCUCCUUCUAAUUAUGAAUGUUAUGUGUAAUUUUUAGAAUUGGUUAUGUAAAUUAUUGAGAAAGUUUCUAAUACAAUGUAAAUGAAUUAUUAAAGAAAAGAAGAGGAUUAUAAAUAAGAAAUUAAUGUUUUAAAAAGUCAAAUAAAUACUUUAUAAGAGAUUUUAAAAAGUGAAAAAGAAAAUUUACAUAAAUAAUUGGAUUAAGUUAAAUUAACUUUAUAAGAGGAAAGGGUUAUGUAUGAAAAGAAAUUAUUAGAAUUAGAUAGCUCUUCUUAAAUUGAAUUCAGAAAAGGGGAAUUAUUUGAAAAUCCUGAUUUAUUUAUGAAAAAGGAAUUAAAGAAUCAAUAAUUAUAAUCAUAACAAACUUUUAAUUUAACUUUAAAAGAUAUUAAUUAAAAAUUUAUGGAUUUAAAGGAAAAAUUAGAUGAUAUUUAUGAAUCAAGAGUAGAAAUAGAAAAAGAAAAAAUAUAUAAUAAGGCUAUAUAUGAAUGUAAAGAAUAAAAUUAAGCCUAAAUUGAUAGAAUUAAAUUGACUUAUGAAAGUGAAGUUAAGAUUUUAAAAGAAGAUAGAUUAAGAUUAUAAGAAUAAAGAGAACUUUUAUAAAUUUAAUUGACACAAAAAGAUUGUGAAUAUUAAAUCUUAAAAGAAAGAUUAAAAUAAAUUGAAAAAUAAAAAACAAAAGAUAUAGAACAUGCAGAUAUGUUAUGUAAAAUAAGUGAUUAGUUAGUUAAAGCAUUAAAAAAAUUAGAGAAAAAAAAAAUUUGA